UUGAGUUUGGUUUCAGGGGGACGGUUUUUAGUGACGGACCGAGAGGACAGGCUGCGCCUAAACUGACAUCGUAUUUUCUGUCAGCUGUAUUUUAAACGCGCAUCUGGUCCUGGAAAUCUUCAAAAAUGUCCAUAUUUACUCCAACCAACCAAAUCCGGUUGACGAACGUGGCGGUGGUUCGGAUGAAGAAAGGCGGCAAACGCUUCGAAAUCGCCUGUUAUAAAAACAAAGUUAUGAGCUGGAGAACCGGAGCAGAGAAAGACCUGGAUGAGGUUCUGCAGACCCACUCUGUCUUCAUGAACGUGUCAAAAGGUCAGACGGCGAAGAAGGAUGACCUGGUGAAAGCUUUUGGGACAGAAGAUCAGACAGAAAUCUGCAAACAGAUCUUGGCCAAAGGAGAACUCCAGGUGUCAGACAAGGAGAGGCAGACGCAGCUGGAGACCAUGUUCAGGGACAUCGCCACCACCGUGGCCGACAAGUGUGUGAACCCGGACACCAAGAGGCCGUACCCGGUCAGCAUGAUCGAACGGGCCAUGAAGGACAUCCACUACUCCGUCAAACCCAACAAGAGCGCCAAGCAGCAGGCUCUGGAGGUGAUCCGGCAGCUGAAGGAGACCAUGGAGAUCCAGAGGGCCCACAUGAGGCUGCGGCUGGUGCUGCCGGCCAAGGAGGCCAAGCGUCUGAAGGAGAAGCUGAAGCCGCUCCUGCAGGUGGUGGAGAGCGAGGACUUCGACGAGGAGCUGGAGAUGGUCUGCCUGGUGGAUCCCGGCUGCUUCCGGGAGAUCGACGAGCUGAUCCGCUGCGAGACCAAAGGCAGAGGCUCUCUGGAGGUGCUGAGUCUGAAGGACGUGGAGGAGGGAGAGGAGAAGAUGUAGCUCCUCCUCCGCCUGCAGGAAGAGACUGUUUCUGCUUCAACCUGAAAACCAGCUUUUAUUUAUUCACGUUUUACGUCCAACUUUUUGCAGCUUCUCCUACUGAACAAACUCAAACACUUAUCGUUCAAACAGGGACGUAACCAACAUGCACGGCUUUGCACAGAUAAAAACAUUAAAGAUUAUAAACUAGUUUUGUUCCCAGAAGACAAACUGAUUCAAAGAGAGAAGUUUGGUUUGAUGAAAUAUCCACAGAAACGACAAAUCGCACCUUCAAAAUAAAAGAUUGAAACAUUCGGACAGAUAAAGGAGGUUUGAGGAAACAAAGAAAUGUUUUUCUGUCCGGUUUCUCCUUUGGAUUCAAGUUGACUAAAGUGUAAAUAAAACCACGACCUCCUCGUG